GAAAUUACAUAAAUGCCCCCAUACUCACACCUCAUAAAAGAAGGAUAACAACAAACUCUCCUACCAUUUUAACUCUUUCUAUUUGCUGCAUAGAUAUGGAAGAAGGAUUGAUCCUGAAGCCAAAUGAUAACAGAUUAACAAUAACAUGGCACGUCUUGGUGGAGGAGAUGAAGAAACUAGGACUUAUUGCGGGCCCGAUGACGGCGGUAACUCUGUCACAGUACUUGUUGCAGGUUAUCUCCGUCAUGAUGGUCGGUCAUGUCGGCGAACUUUCUCUCUCUAGCACCUCCAUUGCCAUCUCCAUCUCCAUCGUCACGGGUUUCAGCUUACUCUCGGGAAUGUCUAGUGCACUAGAAACUUUAUGUGGACAGGCUUACGGAGCUCAACAAUACACAAAAGUUGGAACUCUGACUUACACCGCUAUUUUCUCACUUUUAAUUGUUUGCAUUCCUCUUGCAAUCCUUUGGAGAUACACAGAAUCAUUACUCAUUUUAUUGGGCCAAAGCCCAUUGAUUUCACAUGAAGCUGGGAAUUAUCUCACCUACCUCAUUCCUGCACUUUUUGCUUAUGCAAUUCUUCAACCACUUGUUAGAUAUUUCCAAAUGCAAAGCAUGCUUAUACCCAUGCUUGCCAGCUCAUUAGUUGCUUUAUGCAUACACAUUAUUCUUUGUUGGGCCCUUGUGUAUAAAACUGGAUUGGGAAACAUUGGAGCAGCAGUGUCAAUGGGGGUUGCCUUGUGGUCAAACACUGUUUUCCUCUUGUUGUACAUGAAGUACUCCCCUUUGUGUGCGAAAACGCAUUCUCCAAUCUCGGUUGAAGUGUUUCAUGGGAUGAAACAGUUCUUCAGCUUUGCUAUCCCGUCAGCUGUCAUGAUUUGUCUCGAAUGGUGGUCUUUCGAGUUACUCGUAUUGCUUUCUGGGCUUCUGCCUAAUCCGGAGCUUGAAACCUCAGUUCUUUCCAUUUGUCUCAAUACUAUUGAUACACUCUAUGCAAUCACAUACGGAUUUGCUGCUGCUCUAAGCACAAGAGUCUCGAAUGAACUUGGAGCGGGAAAUCCAAGAGGAGCGCGUGUGGCAGUUAACGCCAUCAUGAUCCUUGCAGUUGUCGAGACAAGUAUAGUCAGCAUGAUUGUAUUUUUCAAUAGGCACAUUUUUGGGUACAUUUUCACAAAUGAAAAAGAAGUUGUUGAUUAUGUGACAAAAAUCACCCCUCUUCUAUGUGUAAACAUCAUAAUGGAUAGUUUACAAGGAAACUUUUCAGGUAUUGCAAGGGGUGUGGGAUGGCAACAUUUAGGGGCGUAUGUGAAUCUUGCUGCCUUUUAUUUUGUCGGCAUCCCGGUUGGUGCUUUUUUAGGGUUCUACACCUCACUAAGAGGAGAGGGCUUGUGGAUCGGAAUACUAGUUGGCGUCAUCAUUCAAGUUAUUCUACUUUCAGUUGUUACGUUUUGUACGGAUUAUGAAAAACAGGCAACAAAGGCAAGGGAGAGACUAUUUGAGGAAGAAUGCUCAAGAGAAGAUAUAACAAUGUGAAGCCAUAUUAUUGACAUAUUACACAUAUCGUUUUUUAUUUGAUUUUAUUAUUUUUA